AUGCCAGAACGACCAUCCAUGGACCAAAGAAGAAGAAGACGUAAGACUAUCAAGUCCUGUACUUUCUGUCGACAACGGAAGCUGAAAUGUGACCAAAAAAAACCUAUGUGUGGAGCUUGCCAGGCUAGAAAACUGCCCGAAUGUAUAUACACGGACGGCUUCAACUUCCAGCUGACCUCUGACGAACUGUUCAGCAAGCAGCCGAACGUGGCACUUCUUCGUCGAAUCAAAGAGCUCGAAGAAACAUUGGACAAAUCAACGCUGGAUGAAGAUCCACACGCGGAAACAGACUUCUGCAGCAGCAACGGAAAUAGCACCAACACCUCGGAGCGAGAUCCCGGUUCAGGAACGUCGAUAAGUGAUGUUAGUAGUGGUGGCAACUGCAGCACCGUGAAAAGCGAUGUCACUGCUGUAGCGACGACAACGGCCGUUGACGGCAGUCUGCACACCGAAAUGGACUCAACAAGCUUCAAAAAUCCUAUGAUGGAAGGUCAAAAGACAGAUCUGAACGAUUUCUACGUACUACGUGAAAAGGACGGACGUUUCAUUCACUAUGGACCAACUUCUAUAAGGGCUAUCAUCACUGCGUCAGGCGAUCGUUUCGUUUCCGAAUAUGUCAAGGUGUGGCGUAAAGUGAAAUCUGAGCUAGAUGCUUGGAAAAAUGUCCAUGGCGGCUUGCUCACUAUGGAUUACAGCUCACUUGAAUACUCCGGCUCAGGAAGUUUGAUCAACGCUAUUUUACCAGAUUUGCCGCCUUAUGAGACAAUUUUGAGCAGAUUACAUGAGUUUUUCGAUGACCCCCUGCACACUUACUAUCAGUUUUUGGAUAAAGAAAAGGUGAUUCGAGAUUUCGAGCUUUGUUUCAUGCCAAGCUACAUCGCCACCAAAGGAAGUGAUAAUAUCUCUAGACGACCAGUUGUUCUGCUGUUGACCGAAAGAAAGCAGAAUUUUUUUAAUAUUGGUGUCGUUUUGAUGAUCCUGAGUCUUGUUCAUUACAAAAAGAAUAUUCCUGCUUCUUUCCAGCGACUGAGCAUCUCCUUAUCGGGGUUCACAACUGCUAAAUCCGUAUAUGUCGAAAGAGCGCAGUUUCUGCUUUUGAUGUGCAUGCUCCGAAUGUAUAACGGUAUCAGUGGAAGUGGGUGUUCUCAUUUAGUCUCUUUGUCAGGUCUGCUGUGUUCCACAUCGAUGAGCUUGGGUUUACACAAAGACAUUGAGAAGCUAUACAUGAAUAAAACUUCAGUUGUGGGCUCAGUUACUUCUCUACAAAAUCUAUGGUACUGGACCCUUUACGUCGAUUUGUGCGUAUCGUUCGACAUUGGAUCUCCCGCGACUGUCGCAGCAGCCCAUUACAAUGACUCUAAAUUGCCAACUCCUGAGAGUGGUCGCAUUCCGUUACUUCGAAAUUUCCUUUUCGUUGGUAGAAAAUGCUUGCAAGCACUAUACGACCCUGUGAACAGACCUCCCUUAAUGACCUUGGUUUCAAAAAUGACUGAUUUUAUUCAAAAAUACUUCAAACCGUUGAAGUACUAUACCGAUUCUUCGCUAAUUUUGCAGAUUGAUCUCUUCGACAUUCAAAUCCUAUCCCCGGCUUUGUCUAUGUUGACCAACUUUUACGAUCUGACAAGAGUUUCAGAAGAGGUCAUCACAAUUGCUACGAAGAAUGGAUUUGUCAAAUCCAUGCUGGUUGGAAUAGCAGUCUCGGUAAAUACAAUAUUGAGGUGUUAUAAGUCAGAUGAAGAGCGAUUUAUGGCUUCGCAGUUACACCAAAGUAAAGUUCUGACUCCUAUGUUGAACCUAUGCAUUUUGCUACUUGGUUCUCUACCAAUUCGAAUGUUGACUGAAAUGUAUGGUCUGAUGUUCUUCAAGAUUACGUUAUUCGAAAAGGGGCUCAUAGUGUCCAUGGAAGACUGCAGUGGGGAUGAAACAUCGUUGGACUCUCUCUCUGUUCCUGAUGAUAAGAUCUUCACGAGUUUUCGCGGCAAUUUUGAAAAGUUUUGUUCAGUCUUUGACGAGCUUUGGAAGCCUGAACAUACAAGAUUGACACACAUGCUAUGGAACUCACAUUAUUUUGUGAUCAUGAUGGCUUUAGAACGUGUUAAUCGUACAGUCUUUGAGGUAGGUCUCGAUAGCAGAACCCGGGUUGAGGUGACUCACAAUUGGUCGUCGGUCGGAAAUGACGAAGUACCGGAAGAAGUGGUGAAAAUGUUGGCAGACGAAGUCUGGAACAGUUAUAGUAACGGAUUUACAGAUCUUAUCGAGAUGGAUGCGGGUGACUUCUUGACAGAUUUUGACAUGCUUGCUGGAGACCAAGCGUGA